GUUGCAGAUGUUCUGAGGAUCGAAAGAUGAAGGCCCUAAUUUUGUCGAGUCUCCUCCUGCUGUUCGCUGCCGGCGUUUCGUCCGUCGAGUGGAAACACAGUGCUGUGCUGGACGAUAACUUCUUAGUGCUGUGGACGCCCGACGAAGGGAAGGUUACAUUCGAGAUCCAGGUGAAGACCCUCGGAUACGUGGGCCUCGGGUUCACCCGGGACGACGGCAGCAUCGAGGCUGACAUGGUCAUCGGAUGGGUGGACAACAACGGACAACUCCAUCUACAGGACCGUCACGUGAAGAAGUCUAGCAAGGACCCGCAGAUGGACUCGAGCCAAGACUACACUCUGCUACUGGGUUUCGAGAACAAGACGCACACGGUGCUACGUUUCAGCAGGCAAUACGAUACGUGCGACCCGCGGGACCUUAAGAUCACG